AUUUGCAGAAUGGCAACCACCUACAAACAAUACAACACAUUUAGACAAGGAUAGCCAACGUUACGCAGUGGCAGAAAAGGAUGCCACUCCUUCUAACUAACUGAGGGCCACCUUUUUUCCCUCAGCACCAGUGAGACGGGAUGCUGCGCAGCAGAAAGAGCCUCAGCCGGCUGCAGCGGUGUAGGCAGAAGAGACCAACGUUACACCAAAGCUCCGUCCACCACGACGCACAGCCCCGCCAGUAAGCUCCCUGAAGUGGAAGAAAAGGUUUGGUUUCGCUCGAAGGGGAAAGCGCUGGAAAUAAUGUCUAUGAAUUCCUAUUUUUGUACUUGAGGAUUUACUGUUUACGCUGGCUAACCAGAUAGAGCGACAGAGACGAGGACCCGGACUUGAUAUUCUUAAUACCGCUGCCAUUCCGCCGUUUGGGUCGGGAGGGAGAGACACUACGGCGGUCACCACAACCGGGAUAACCUGGGAGAGAAGAGCCAAAGAGACGACGGGCGACUUUUUUCAUUUCAUUUCCGCACAGCUUUAAUGAAGAAGCAGACCUGCUAACAUUCUUGCAGAAGGGACCCUCUUCAACAAGUAUGGGGUCACCAUGGAAACCAUUUCUCCUCCUGUCUGUCAUCAGUAGCCUUUCAGACUUUGCAAGAGCUGUUGCAGCCCGGCCUAUAUCAUAUGCAGCUGUGUUACGGAUGAAAGCAGACAGCUCGUCAGUGCUCAACUCACACAGCAGACCUCGACAACACCACAGGGGUGGGCUGGUGACUACUGACUGGCCUGCUUUCUCCGGUCAUCCCCUUUCAGCCCUGAGUCUGCUCAGCUCUCAGGAGGACUACAGGAGUGAAGAAAGUGAAGAGUUUGGGCCGGUUUUUAUCCAUGAGCCAGACGAUGUUAUUUCUCCUUUGGAUUCUGAGGAAAAGAAAGUGGUGAUGCACUGUGAAGCACGCGGGAAUCCUCCACCCACAUACAGUUGGUACAUUAAUGGGACAGAAGUGGAUGCAGAGGCAGACUAUCGCUACAGCUUCAUUGAUGGAAACUUAAUUAUUACCAAUGCAAGUGAGAUCAGUGACCAUGGGAAGUACCAGUGUAAAGCAGAGAACAGCUUUGGAACCGUCCUAGGUCGAGAAGCUCUUUUGCAGUUUGCAUAUCUCGGGGCUUUCAGUGGGAAGACCAGAGGCGGGGUUUCCGUGCGUGAAGGCCAAGGUGUGGUGCUCAUGUGUAGCCCUCCUCCUCAUUCCCCAGAGAUCAUCUACAGCUGGGUGUUCAAUGAGUUCCCAUCCUUUGUUGCUGAGGACAGUCGGCGCUUCAUUUCCCAGGACACGGGAAACCUGUACAUCUCAAAGGUGCAACCCUCUGAUGUAGGAAGCUACAUCUGCCUGGUGAAGAACACGGUGACCAAUGCAAGGGUUCUGAGCCCUCCAACACCUCUAACACUGAAAACCGACGGUGUCAUGGGUGAAUAUGAGCCCAAAAUUGAAGUGCAUUUCCCUACAUCUGUUCUGGCUGCCAAAGGAGUCACUGUCAGGCUGGAGUGCUUUGCUCUGGGGAAUCCAGUGCCAACAAUCACAUGGAGGAAGAUAAAUGGCAACAUCCCCAAAAAAGCAAGACUUCGGAAGUCCCAGGCUGUGCUGGAAAUUCCCAACAUUCAACUGGAGGACUCGGGAACUUACGAAUGCAAAGCGGAGAAUCCAAGAGGAGGCACUGCUUUCAAAGGACACCUACAGGUCUACACCCUCCCUCAGUGGGUCAGAAUGAUUAAUGAUACUCAGAUGGAUAGUGGAGAGAAGCUCCAAUGGGAGUGUAAGGCCACGGGGAGGCCCCGGCCCACCUAUCACUGGCUUCGUAAUGGUUUGCCCUUGACAUCCCAGGGUCGAGUUGAAAUAGUGAAUGGUGAACUGACCAUUCACAAAGUGCAGCAGACGGACUCAGGAAUGUACCAGUGUGUUGCAGGAAAUAAAUAUGGGACCAUCUACAAUAAUGCUGAACUCAAGAUUUUGGCGUCGGCUCCUGUCUUUGUCCACAAUCCCAUACGGGUCAUUGCCACACUUGGAAAAGAUGUAUCGCUAGAAUGCAAACCCAGAGCGUCGCCCAAACCCCGGGUAACAUGGAAGAGCGGAGACAGAAGGAUACAGCUGAGUAGAAGGAUUAUGUUGUUACGGAACAAUACUCUGAGAAUUGUUAACUCCAGCCGAGCGGAUGAGGGGAGCUAUGUGUGCCGGGCAGAGAAUCAGUUGGGCUCGGCAGAGAUGACGGCCAUACUGUGGGUAAAAGAGGCCAUGCGUGUGGAGCUUAGCCCGAGCAGAGUGGAAGUGACCGUGGGGGAGAGCGUGGUGCUGAGCUGCAGGGCAACACAUGACACAUCGCUGGACGUGGCUUUCCAGUGGUUCUUCAACCAGAAACCAAUCAACUUUCAACAGGAUGGCGGCCACUUUGAAUACAUCCAAACACAGUCCUCCACAGUGGAUCUGAUGAUUAGGAGCAUUUUGUUGAAGCAUGCUGGGAAGUAUGGGUGCCGGGCCCAGACCAGUGCUGACACUGUGUUUGCCGAGGCGGAACUUCUGGUUCGAGGUCCUCCUGGACCCCCUGGAGUUGUAAUAGUGGAGGAGAUCACUGAUACCACGGCCACCCUGUCCUGGACUCGUGGCCUGGACAACCACAGCCCUAUCAGCACCUAUAAUUUACAGGCCCGCAGCCCAUUUUCAUUAGGCUGGCAAACUGUCAAAACAGACCCAGACCCAGUGACGGGGGACAUGGAGUCAGCCAUGGCUGUGAAGCUCAACCCUUGGGUGGAGUAUGAGUUCAGGGUGGUGGCCAGCAACGCAAUCGGGACCGGAGAUCCCAGUGCGCCUUCAAGAGGAGUCAGGACUAAAGAAGCAGUCCCUUCAGUGGCACCAGCCAACGUCAGCGGAGGGAACGGCCGCAGGCAUGAACUGGUCAUCUCGUGGGAGCCUGUAUCUGAGGAGUUCCAAAACGGUGAGGGCUUUGGGUACAUCGUCGCUUUCCGUGCCAACGGAACCAGAGGCUGGAAGGAGAAGAUGGUGACUUCAGCGGACUCUACUACGUACAAAUACAGAGACGAGACCUUCCCUCCUCUGACCCCGUUUGAAGUGAAGGUGGGAGUGUACAACAAUAAGGGGGACGGGCCGUUCAGCAGAGUUGUCAUCAUCCACUCUGCAGAGGGGGAGCCGAGGGACGCCCCGUCUGAUGUGAAGGCGUACAGCAUUUCUUCAUCCGAAAUUCGGGUGACAUGGAAACCGCCCAAUCCUGGCCCCGGGAGACCUAGAGGAUAUGAGGUCAGCUACUGGAAAGACAUGGAGCAGGAAGAGUCGGGGAAGAAACAAAGAACUGUGAAAAACGAAACGUCAAUGGUGUUGACAGGACUAGAGGGCAACAGCCUGUAUCUCAUCAGCGUAAAAGGCUUCAACAGCAUCGGCCAGGGUCCUGCCACUGCUGCUGUCACAGCCAACACCAGGAAGGCCCCUCCCGCUCAGCCGCCAACCAACCUCAUGUGGAUCCAGGAGGGCAACAACGUGACUUUAAACUGGGACCCAGUGAAGGCUACAGACAAUGAAUCAGAUGUCAUCGGGUACAUGGUGUUGCUCAAACAGGAGGGCCGAGGCCACAACCAGGUGACCAGAACCAUCAACCCUUCCACCAUGCUUUCACUGCCAGAGGGAGGCACCUACAUCAUCGAGGUGCGCGCCCUCAGCGAAGGGGGAGCAGGAGAACUCAGCUCCCAGGUCCGAGUGGUCACCUCCUCUGGUGUUCGAGCAAAAAGCAACCAGUGCUCAGUGCACGGCCCGCCACAGAGCCUCACAUGGACCGCACUGCUCCUGGUUCUUCUGGUGCCUUCAGCUUCCUGGUGACGCCACUGUGCCAUCCUCAUUUCCAUGGAGGGAGCCACCAGUCUUUUGCUCCCUUGUUCCCUCAGACUGCCUGCCUGCUUUGGCCUUCCCCCUCCCAAAGGGGCCCGAGGCCUGCCAAAGGGGGGUUGAGUCUGCCAGUUUUCAUGCAGCUCUUCAGAGUUCAUCCUUCCCUGUUUCGUUUGAGGCCCAGGACAUUUGAUUUGCAGAGUUCUUUCCAACAUCCCGGUAGUGUUGACUGUAGUGUACAUUGUGUGGAAAGAUUUGGAUUCAUCAUUUAAUCACGUGUUCCUCCCAUUGACUGGCAUCUAACCACUUCCAGACGGCUCCUACAGCUCUGGGGCUCUACAGAGCAUGAACAAUUCCUUGAAAGCUGCUGUGGUAGUAAUACAGGGAUCAGCCGGCCUGUUUCUUUUCAUUACUUAUCUGCAUCAAUUUACCCCUUGGCUGCCUAACAAGCAAUGCAGCAGAAGCUCAGUAGAGAUAAGUGCAUUGUUUUCUUAUUCACACAUCGAGGAGAAAAAACGUUUUUUAUGGAACCAAGAAUCUUACUAUUUCCAGACUUGCUUUUUGUACAUUGUGUUACCUUUAGAGAAAAACACAGUGGUGUGUGUCAGCUAUGUCAAACUCUCUGUUUUAUGGUAGUGAUUAAGCAAUGCUUGGUGAUACAGUUUGUUGACUGCUGGAUGUAUGGAGAUAGGAAACAGGUUCCGUCCUGUAGUGCCCGAACACGUCAGUAGACGAAGACAACUCUCGCUGUCUGUGCAAAUAAAUGUGAUGUAUAUUUUUUAAAUGGUUGUUGUUUGUACUUUCUAACAUUUAGAAAAUCAAUAUUUCUGACAACACUAACACAUAUCCAUUACUUUCAUUAUUGAUCGAUCUGCUGAUUAUUUUAUAAUGAAGCGAGUCAUCAUUUUGUCAAUACAUUUCUUCUCUUCAGAGGCCUGGCACGGUCCGACCAACAGCCCAGGAUCCAAAGAUUAUCAGUUUACAUUCAAAUAAAAUUAAGAAUAAUAUUACAUUUUCCACAUUUGAGAAGUAGACAAUGUUUGGUAUUUUUGCUUUUAUUUGGAGUAAUCUUAUAGUCUUAAUUUAAGAGUGUUAAUCAUUGGUUUUUAUAUCAUUUUUAGUCCUAGUGUUAAUAUUUGUUCUUAUUCAUUUGUAUGUCUUCUUUUUAGUUUUCAUCAGAGUCUAAAUUUUACUGUGAAGCAUUUUGCGCUGCAUGCUUGCAGGAAAAGUGCUACAUAUAAAUAAAAGUGAGUUGAGUU